CAGGAUGACGGAGGCGUGCGCCUACUGCUGCGGUAGAAGCGCACUUUGCUUCUACGCUGCACUGACUGCACGUACGGACGCCCAUCUCUUCCAUUCCGAAAGGAGACAUCGCCAGCAGCAACAGGCGUUCAAUGUACGUCGCGUGUGACAGGUGCGAAUUGGACGGCAUUGCGUCGUGGUUCCCCGCUCGAACAUGCUCAUCACAGACGCAGUGCAUGGCGAGACGCACGACUACCCAUGAGCUACCUAUUUCAAGCUGUUUCCAGUGAACAUCUACGAAAGACAACAAUACCCUUCAGCUGACUGCUGCUAUGCACUAUCGAUAUGUUCCAAAUUACGAGGCCACAGAUCUCAUCACACCUAUACCAUGGCAGGCCGUGUGUCGCAGCAAGAUGUUCUUCAAGACCUGUUUCCUCACCGGGUUUAUUUUUGUAUCCACUGCGCUCCUAAUAUUCACGGUGUAUAACACAGUCGAUGAACAAAACUUAGUCGUCAGGUAUGAUGCCCCGUUCUACUUAGAUGGCUGGUUUACGCAAGAAAUGUGCGAUCGUUCCAAGCCACUCGAAGUCCUGUUCUUCGUUCACACGGCGUUGGAACACUCAUCCCGGCGAAACUUCUACAGAGAGACCCUACAGAGGAAUUCCAAGAUUGGAGAACUGUUACGUUUCAGCCUCGUGUUCUUUGUGGGACAGUCUAAUGAAACAGCAACACAAGCAGCUGUGGAAGAGGAAGCAAAGAAAUAUGGCGAUGUUGUCAUUUUCCCCUUCCUCGACACCUAUCGAAACCUGACUUACAAAUUUGUGUAUGGCCUCAAGUGGGUAAAUGACCACUGCAGAAAAUCUGUGAAGUACGUUGUCAAGAUCGACGAUGAUGCACUAGUCAAUAUUUUCGUGUUGGUCGAAUACCUGCGUACUAAUAUAACGCACGAUACCGGGAGCAACAGCAUUCACUGCCUGACGUGGAAGCGAACACGAGCCGUGCGCAACAAACACUCAAAGUGGUUUGUAACCCGGAGGGAGUACCCCUCAACAUUCUACCCCACAUACUGCGGAGGAGUGGGGUAUAUCCUCCCAUCCAAAAUACUUCCUCGCCUGCUGAGUGCUUCGCAUCAGGCUCCAUUCCUGUGGAUAGACGAUAUUUACUCCACGGGCAUUUUGGCAAGGGUGGCAAAAAUAGGCCACGUUAAAAUAGACACUCUUUACGAGCUUUUUCCAAAUGAAACUGGUGGGGGAGUUAGGUCUGACGUAGCGUUUACACACCUUAGGACUCCCCAGUUGGUUCAGGAAAGGUAUAAAUUAUGGGAUGAACUUCUGAGACUAAAUAACUUCACAAACUCUUCUAGUGGCUAGAGAAAAAGAAUUUUUCCAUACUGGUAUGAGCUCCCAGAAAAUAUAACAUACAAACUGCAAUUAUUUUUUUUGACCCGCAAAUAAGAGGGACCAUGCCAUCUUCCUUUACAAACUUCAGCGUGUAUAUUUUAGCUACAAACUGAGAACAGAACAAGGUUACACACGUAUAUACAACUUUAAUAAGCACUACUAUACUUGUCACAUAGUAGUAGUAGUAUGUGAGAAUGGUGGUGAAGAAAAUGAAAAGGUGGUGUGUUUAGAGAUUCCCCAUCAAAGCUCCUCCUUGUGAGUGGCCGCCUCUGCAGUCUCAUUUGUUGCCUCUCCCAAUGUGUCCUUACUUUCUUGUUCCUCUGAAACCAGGAAUGGAGCAUGAUAUCUGGGGAGUAUGAGCCACAGCAAGUACGUAUUUACACUAUAUUUAUUAUAGCAGAAAGUUACACAUCUUUCCGUAGCUUAACUGAAAUAAUCACAAGAAUGUACAAUGUAUAUGACUAGACGAUACAACACAAUGCCAUGUUGAUAAUAGUAAUUUAAUCAACAAUGCAAUGCUGGUCAGGCAUGCGCAGUUACGACUAAGGACAAUGUUCUUCUCAGUCCAGUGCAAUUUGCAUUUCAUGUACAAAAUAGUGUGCAUUACGUAUUGUGUAGAAAAUUACUUGGUCUUGGAAAGUUUGGUCUUUGUUCAAUAUAUAUUGUUAUAUAUAAUUAGAGCCUGAAGUUUUCGGGAAAUAUUUUUUUCUAAAUUCGGGGAGUAAAAAUCAGGUAAAUAAAUAUGUGCACUAAAUUCAUGCAAAUUCGGGUGAAAAAACUUCCCGUAUGCUAAAUUCGAGGAGAAAUCUGGUGGUGGUGGUGUAGUGGUUUGGUACAAACGGUGAUGGAACUGCAUUUGCUGCCAAAUAAGUAAGUUUGUGCAUUCCUACAGAGAUCCCAGUGAGGGCAAUUUGCCGGGUAAAAAUCGGGUUUCACCCUAAAGCAGCAACCUUCAAUUCGGGGUGCAAAUUCGGGGAAGAAUCGGGUAAAACCCUAAAACUUCAGGCUCUAUAUAUAAUGAGCUAUUAUGGAAUGAGAACAAAUCAGCAUAGCAUAGUAGAAAAACUCCUGGAGUCUUUUUUUGGGUUUGUCCAACUGUAUUUGAGUGAACUAUAAAAAAAAAAAAAUUUGCAUUACAUACGUGGCAGAGCAAAGAUGCUUUUUUGCCUGUCAAAUACUGCUUGCCACUAUUGACCACUUGGCCAAUUUGCUCAGGAACGACCAGCAUGAAGAUUGAACGUACAUAAUUAUGCCUUACAUCUGCGAUAUCGUUACCUGCCUUGUCUCUCAAAUGUAAGUGCCAAGCACUAGCUGUGUGAAGUGAAUACACACUUGUGCCUUGUAUAUGAUUGGCACAUCUUAUGGUAUCUGCACACGUUACAUGAGCACAAAGUAGAUGGACAUCCCAAACAAGGUUCUGCUACUUGUGGUGCAGUUGAUGUACAAAAUGUGUAUAUUUUGCUAUGUGAUGCAAAAUAAAAGCUGCCUCAUGCUGGC